CUCUAUAAAAACAGAGACUGUAGAAGAUGCGGAAAUUUGGCAGCGGCAGAGUCAGAGAUCUUCUCAUCCGUUCCUUUCAGCAAAAGCAGAUUCGUUCAACCACCUCCUCCUCUGUGUUUUCUUCUUCUCACUCGCGUUUCCUGUCCGCUGCUCCAGCUGUAGAUGCCCCUCCUUCUUCUCGUCCCAUGGCUGAUCACUCUGCUUCACGUCCCUCUCCUCCCGUCACUCUCCAGAACAUCAAUCCCAAGGUUUUGAAAUGUGAAUAUGCUGUCCGAGGUGAAAUCGUCACCCUUGCCCAGAGGUUACAAGAAGAGUUAAAGGCGAAUCCAGGCUCUCAUCCCUUUGAUGAGAUUCUCUACUGCAAUAUCGGAAAUCCUCAGUCUCUUGGUCAACAACCGAUAACAUUUUUCCGAGAGAUUCUUGCAUUAUGCGACCAUCCAGCCAUCUUGGACAAAAGCGAAACACAGGGUUUGUUCAGUGCCGAUGCAAUAGAGCGGGCAUGGGAGAUUCUGGAUCAAAUUCCUGGAAGAGCAACUGGUGCUUACAGUCACAGUCAGGGUAUCAAGGGUUUACGUGAUACAAUUGCUGCUGGAAUUGAAGCUCGUGACGGAUAUCCUGCUAAUCCGAAUGAUAUUUUCUUAACCGAUGGUGCAAGCCCUGCGGUCCAUAUGAUGAUGCAAUUGCUGAUAAGUUCAGAGAAGGAUGGGAUUCUUUGUCCCAUUCCUCAAUACCCUUUGUACUCUGCAUCAAUAGCCCUCCACGGUGGCACACUGGUUCCUUACUUUCUUGAUGAAGCAUUAGGGUGGGGAUUGGAAACUUCCGAGUUGAAGAAGCAAUUGGAGGAUGCGAAGUCCAAGGGUAUCAAUGUAAGGGCCUUGGUUGUGAUAAAUCCAGGCAACCCAACAGGACAGGUUCUUGCCGAGGACAACCAGCGGCAGAUUGUGGACUUCUGCAAGCAAGAAGGACUUGUUUUGCUGGCAGAUGAGGUUUAUCAAGAAAAUGUUUAUGUACCUGAUAAGGAGUUUCAUUCAUUCAAGAAGGUAUCCCGAUCUAUGGGAUAUGGCGAGCAGGAUAUUUCUCUGGUAUCAUUUCAAUCAGUCUCUAAAGGGUACUACGGGGAGUGUGGAAAAAGAGGUGGUUACAUGGAAGUCACUGGAAUCAGUCCUGAAGUAAGGGAACAAAUAUACAAAAUGGCAUCCGUAAAUCUUUGUUCUAAUAUCUCGGGUCAGAUUCUUGCAAGCCUUGUCAUGAGUCCACCAAAGGUUGGAGAUGAAUCCUAUGAAAUGUAUUUGGCAGAGAAGGAUGGAAUUCUGUCAUCCCUAGCAAGGCGUGCAAAGGCAUUAGAAGAAGCAUUGAACAGCUUAGAGGGUGUGACAUGCAACAGAGCAGAAGGAGCAAUGUAUCUCUUUCCCUGCAUAACCCUGCCGCAAAAGGCAAUUAAAGCAGCAGAGGCUGAAAAGACAGCCCCAGAUGCAUUCUACUGUCACUGCCUUCUCAAUGCCACAGGAAUUGUUGUCGUUCCUGGUUCUGGUUUUGGGCAGGUUCCGGGCACCUGGCAUUUCAGAUGCACUAUAUUGCCCCAAGAGGAUAAAAUUCCAGCCAUUGUCACCCGUCUGACGGACUUCCACAAGUCGUUCAUGGACGAGUUCCGCGACUAGAAAACCCUUGUGGUGUGAUCUUUCAGGAUAAGCGCCAAAUAGAGAUGAACAUUUGUGUCAAAACUUUAUAAUCUUUUGUUCAUGCGGUAGAUAAACAGGUCCAGGUACAGUCGUACUGGCUGUUAUGAGAAUAACAUGUUAUUCUUACUAGGGCUUUUUCUAGUUUGAAUGGCAUAUCAAGUUGUGCAUCAUUUUGUUUUCUUGUUUUUAGACCAUCAAUAAUAUUUAGCUUUUUCAAUAA